GAGGCGUGUCCGCGGCUCCUGAGGUGUACCCGUGCCAGCCGUUCCGCUGCUGCUGGAGAGGGAAGAUCCAGGUCCACGCCUCCAAGAGCCGCCUCUGCACGAACAUCCUACCCUUGCCCCCGCAACUAAAGGGGAGGAACCGAAACCUGGAUGGGCUCAAGCAUCUUCCACAGAUCGCUUGAUGACCGCAGCCGUGGCAGGUAAAAGGAGGAUAACUAUUCCAACCCAGGCAAUCAGCAGCCUCAUUGUCCUUGCGUUUUAAACUGCAACAGCAACUGGGAGUUCAACAAUGAAGCAAUGAUAUCUGAGAACAAAGGCGCACUGGCCAACUAAAUGUCAGCACAUUUCAUGUGAUCGUGUGAAAACGCUGCAGCAGACCUGAGUGUCAGCUGGCAGAGCGAGAAUGUGUUCUUCUGACACCAUUUAUAUAAAGCAGCUUUAGUAUAGAUUAUUUAAACUUUAUGUAUAUCAAAUUGAAGAAAAAUGAGUGAAGCCCCCAGAUUCUUUGUUGGGCCUGAAGAUGCAGAAAUCAAUCCUGGAAACUAUCGCCGCUUCUUCCACCAUGCUGAUGAAGACGAGGAGGAGGAGGAUGAGUCUCCACCAGAAAGGCAGAUUGUGGUUGGAAUAUGUUCCAUGGCAAAGAAAUCCAAAUCCAAACCCAUGAAGGAAAUUCUGGAACGGAUCUCGUUGUUUAAAUACAUCACAGUAGUAGUUUUUGAAGAGGAAGUUAUUUUGAAUGAACCCGUGGAAAACUGGCCUUUAUGUGAUUGUCUUAUUUCUUUCCAUUCUAAAGGAUUUCCACUGGACAAAGCAGUUGCCUAUGCAAAACUCAGGAAUCCAUUUGUAAUCAAUGACUUGAAUAUGCAGUAUCUCAUACAAGAUAGAAGAGACGUUUAUAGCAUUCUUCAAGCUGAAGGCAUCCUACUUCCUCGGUAUGCGAUUCUGAACCGUGAUCCAAAUAACCCGAAAGAAUGCAACCUGAUUGAAGGAGAAGACCAUGUCGAAGUGAAUGGGGAAGUUUUCCAAAAGCCGUUUGUGGAAAAGCCCGUCAGUGCAGAAGACCACAAUGUUUACAUCUAUUACCCAACAUCCGCUGGGGGUGGAAGUCAGAGACUUUUCAGGAAGAUUGGCAGUAGAAGUAGUGUGUAUUCCCCAGAAAGCAACGUGCGAAAAACGGGGUCAUAUAUAUAUGAAGAAUUUAUGCCUACGGAUGGUACUGAUGUUAAGGUUUAUACCGUGGGUCCAGACUAUGCUCAUGCUGAAGCUCGAAAGUCUCCAGCUCUCGAUGGCAAAGUCGAACGAGACAGCGAAGGGAAGGAAGUAAGAUACCCUGUUAUUCUCAAUGCACGGGAGAAGCUGAUCGCAUGGAAAGUCUGCCUUGCUUUUAAGCAAACAGUUUGUGGCUUUGAUUUGUUACGCGCCAAUGGACAGUCCUAUGUAUGUGAUGUCAAUGGCUUCAGUUUUGUGAAAAAUUCUAUGAAGUACUAUGAUGACUGUGCAAAAAUUCUUGGCAAUAUCGUAAUGCGGGAGCUCGCACCACAGUUUCAUAUUCCCUGGUCAAUACCAUUAGAAGCUGAAGAUAUUCCAAUUGUACCAACUACCUCUGGAACUAUGAUGGAACUUCGAUGUGUCAUAGCCGUGAUACGACAUGGGGAUCGAACACCGAAACAGAAAAUGAAAAUGGAAGUGAGGCAUCAGAAGUUUUUUGAUCUUUUUGAAAAGUGUGAUGGAUAUAAAUCAGGGAAGUUAAAGCUCAAGAAGCCAAAACAAUUACAGGAAGUCCUGGAUAUUGCACGGCAGCUUCUCAUGGAGCUGGGGCAAAAUAAUGACUCUGAAAUCGAAGAAAACAAGUCAAAACUUGAACAACUGAAGACCGUGUUAGAGAUGUAUGGUCAUUUUUCGGGAAUAAACCGUAAGGUCCAGUUGACCUACCUCCCUCAUGGUUGUCCGAAAACGUCCAGUGAGGAGGAAGAUAACCGAAGAGAGGAGCCAUCCUUACUUUUGGUUCUAAAAUGGGGAGGAGAACUGACCCCUGCAGGCAGGGUUCAGGCUGAAGAGCUGGGAAGAGCUUUUAGGUGUAUGUACCCUGGAGGUCAAGGAGAUUAUGCAGGGUUUCCUGGUUGUGGUUUACUCCGACUGCAUAGCACCUACAGACAUGACCUCAAAAUAUAUGCCUCUGAUGAAGGGCGGGUCCAGAUGACUGCAGCUGCUUUUGCAAAGGGUCUCUUGGCUCUAGAAGGAGAGCUUACCCCCAUUCUUGUUCAGAUGGUGAAAAGUGCAAAUAUGAACGGCCUUUUGGAUAGUGACAGUGACUCUUUGAGUAGCUGUCAGCAGCGUGUGAAAGCGAGGCUCCAUGAAAUACUUCAAAAAGACAGAGAUUUUACAGCCGAAGACUACGAGAAGCUGACUCCAUCUGGAAGCAUUUCUGUUAUCAAAUCAAUGCAUUUAAUUAAAAAUCCAGUGAAAACCUGUGACAAAGUGUAUUCCUUGAUUCAAAGUUUGACUUCCCAAAUCAGACAUCGGAUGGAAGAUCCCAAAUCAGCUGAUAUUCAGCUCUACCAUAGUGAGACGCUGGAACUCAUGCUGCGUAGAUGGUCCAAGUUGGAGAAAGACUUUAAAACAAAGAACGGAAGAUACGAUAUUAGUAAGAUCCCCGACAUAUAUGACUGCAUCAAAUACGACGUUCAGCAUAACGGUUCCCUGAAGUUAGAAAACACAAUGGAACUAUAUAGACUUUCAAAAGCAUUAGCAGAUAUUGUUAUCCCUCAGGAAUAUGGUAUAACUAAAGCUGAAAAACUGGAGAUUGCCAAAGGCUACUGUACUCCACUAGUUAGAAAAAUUCGAUCGGAUCUUCAGAGGACACAAGAUGAUGACACUGUCAAUAAACUCCAUCCUGUGUAUUCUAGGGGUGUUCUGUCUCCUGAGCGGCAUGUCCGUACCAGAUUGUAUUUCACCAGUGAGAGCCAUGUGCACUCCUUACUGUCCAUCCUUCGCUAUGGCGCCUUAUGCGAUGAAUCAAAGGAUGAGCAGUGGAAACGAGCUAUGGAUUAUCUAAACGUUGUUAAUGAACUCAACUACAUGACUCAGAUUGUUAUCAUGCUCUAUGAGGAUCCUAACAAGGAUCUUUCUUCAGAGGAACGCUUUCAUGUUGAAUUACACUUUAGUCCUGGAGCCAAAGGCUGUGAAGAAGAUAAGAAUUUGCCAUCUGGCUAUGGCUAUAGGCCAGCUUCCAGGGAGAAUGAAGGCAGACGGUCCCUUCGAUUUGAUGAUGAUGAGCCUCAUACCUCUAAAAGAGAUGAAGUUGACCGGGCCGUGAUGUUGUUUAAACCAUUGGUGUCAGAGCCAAUUCAUAUUCACAGGAAAUCACCACUUCCGAGAUCCAGGAAGAUAACUACAAGUGAGGAAGAGACCCCCCUGAGUGUGUCUAGCCCAGAGGGCACUGGCACCUGGCUGCAUUACACCAGUGGUGUGGGUACUGGGCGUCGAAGACGCAGAUCAGGGGAACAAAUCACCUCUUCCCCUGUCUCCCCCAAAUCAUUGGCUUUCACAUCCAGUAUUUUUGGCUCAUGGCAACAGGUUGUGUCUGAAAAUGCCAACUAUCUCCGAACACCAAGAACUCUUGUGGAACAGAAGCAGAACCCUACAGUAGGGUCUCACUGUGCGGGCCUGUUUAGCACCUCAGUGCUCGGGGGUUCUUCAAGUGCACCUAACCUACAGGAUUAUGCCCGUACUCAUCGUAAAAAGCUGACUUCUUCUGGCUGCAUAGAUGACGCCACACGCGGGUCUGCUGUUAAAAGGUUUUCUAUCUCAUUUGCUCGACACCCAACCAAUGGCUUUGAGCUGUAUUCCAUGGUACCAUCCAUCUGUCCUCUAGAAACGCUUCACAAUGCCCUGUUCUUAAAGCAAGUGGAUGACUUUCUUGCUUCCGUUGCUUCUCCGUCAACUGAGGUUCUGCGCAAGGUCCCCGAAAUGACCUCUAUGGCCUCACGUUCCAGUCCAGGAAUGAGAAGAAAAAUUUCCUUAAAUACAUACACACCUACAAAGAUUCUCCCAACACCGCCUGCUGCUUUAAAGAGCACCAAAGCAAGCAGCAAAGCAGCAGCCGGCGGACCAUCUCCGGCAAUGGCUUCCCAUACCUCAUCUCGGAAGAAGAGCUUAAGUAGCAAAACUGAGGGGCAUGAACCCAAGAAAAGCACUGGGAAGAAAAGAUGAGCACACACCAGAACCGGAAGUUCUCAUGCUUAGAAAGGGACUUGUUGCUUAGCAAAGGAUGUCUAAGAAAUCUUGACUGAAGCUGGUCAGAGCCAGUGAUUCAUGUGUUACCAUGCUUUCUUUAUACAUCUGUGUAUUUCUUUAAACACCUCGGAAGCUAGAGGACCUUCUGUUUUUAAUUCAGGAGCGUUGGCAGGAUCUAGAAAUGUUCAAAAUAAUGUCUGUCCACUUUGUGUAACAAAAUUCCUGACAACUGCUAUCGCUGUCACUGUGAUGAUUCCCAUGUGCCUGUGGCAGAGACAAAGGACACAGAAAUCAGGCUGACUGGUACCAAAGUGCACUCUCUUCAGGUGCCUCUCUGCACACUUGCAUUUCCACAGGAUUGCACUUAGUGAGAUUGGACAGGCAAGAUCACGUGUUGAUGACUUUUUUAAAAACUACAUUUCCAAAGAGAUCUCUUGACCAUUAGCAUUAGAAUUUUUUUUGUCAUUGUUACAGUAACAUAUGCUGCAAUAUUUAUUGACUGGGUUAUAUAGACCAUGAAUUAUUUUUUCAAUUUGUGCUUUGAAUUUUUUAUUGUGAAUUAUUUAAAAUAUUACAAAUGCAGGUGGGAGAACUAUACCUUUAUACACUUAAAUUUACAAGUUAAUCUGUAGAAAAUAUUUUCUUUAUACAUUUCUUUACGAUCAAGAAAAAUUUCUUGGUUCAUCAAGAAAAAUUUUUUUCUGUAUUAGCAAGAGAGGCAUUUUUAGAGUUUCUUUUUAUGAACUGUAACUGCUAAAUUUGUAAAUCUUACACUUGAUUUUUCUUAGUUUUUCUUGAGACUUAUGGACUCAGAUCUAAAAUGGGAGUUCUGCUGUUAGUAAGUGUCAGCCAUGGUAUAUUUCUUGUGUUUUCAUUCUUAUGUCCGUGUAUUUGCUGAUUUCACCAAGAAAACUCAAAAGAUUGAACAUUCGUAGUAAGUAAAUGGUGUUUUCAAAUGAUGAGAUUUGGAAGAAAGAUUGAGAUGAUUAUUAUAAUUUCAUCUAAUAUUUUAAAAAAGGACAUCAUUCUCCUUGGUGCUUUUUCUCCUUCAUGCACAAAUAAUUGUUUGAAAAAUUUGAAAUUACUCACAAACUAAACAGCCUGCUAAAUAAAAAUCUCAAACAUUGGAUAUGCUGUAACUUAAGGUAGUAAGCUGUAGCUUCAAGCUUGUGUUUAGAAGAAGUACUUGACCCUUACUGUAUAGAUAGUUAAUGUAAUUCUUCUAAAGAGACUUCUAACCUUAAAUCAUCUUGUAUAAACUGACUUCUAGAGAAUAGGCACAUUAUAUUAUCUUGGUGGUUUAAAAAGGGAUGAGAUACAGAAGUUCCAAAUAUAUACAAAUAAAUAAGUUCAUAUGCUUCACUUGAAUGUAACUGGAUUAUAUGGUGAUAAAUCUUGUAAACAGUUGAAUGUAUGUACGUCUUCUGUAUGUGAAUAUGUGGUCAAUGUACUCAUUCUGGGGGGUGAGGAGAUUACUUUUAUUUUUUAAGUGGAAUGAAUUAAAAUUCUUUUUAGAAUAAGA